GACCACCCUUAUAAGCCCGAUGUCGGGACCAACUAACUCUCAUAAGCAUUCAAGAGUUGCUUACGUUCGGUUCGUUCGCAUUUCUUCUCUAUCUUAUAUAAUAUUAUAUUUUCUCCUAAAUCAAUUUUUUCACUACCAACAACAACAACAAUAAUAACAACUCAACUCAACUCAAAACUAAACUCUUCUCAAAACUCGCGUCAACCUUAACUUUAACCUUUUACCAAAACUCAACUGCAACUACAACUCAACUGUCUCAACUUUCCGUUUUGCUAAAUCCAAAAACAAAACAUUUAUUUUUGACUCUCGGCAUCGAUCAAGUUUUGGUUUUUCGAAAUUGUUUCCACCAAAAAAAAACACAAAACGAGGAGCCAACGACGGAGCCAUCCAGCCAAAGGAUAUAGCCGAAAUCCCCCCCGAAAGUUAUGUUUUGAGUCGAUUCCGUGUAAAAACAAAACGUAAACGCCAACGUAAACGCAAAUGUAAAAAUCGAUAAGCCACACGCAGCCAGAAAACUCAACGCGAACGUGUCCGUGUGUGUGCUUUCUCCGCUUUCUCUGUUUUCCGUUUCUCCUGCUGACCAAAAAAAGAAAAAAAAUACGGUUGGCCCUGGCCAAAAAGGCUGAACGAACUCCGGGCCAUCCGACACAAAAUAAAGUAUAAAAAAAAAGCCUCAAAAAACCAAAAAAGGACACUGCGGCAAAUGACGGGCACUCUGGCACGAGAUUACCCAGCGCCGUCGAAAUGUGUGAAGUGGCUGUGAAACCCGAGGAAUCCUACUACUACUACUACUGAAAUCCUACUACUACACUCCCCCCAAAACAGGAAAAAUAAACCAAUUUACAAUAACAUGCAAAUUAUGAAGAAUAUUUAACCAUAAAAAAAACAAAAAGAAGUAAACGGAGCAGGACGAAAAGCCGAAAAAAUGCCAGAAGAAGCCUGAUAAGGAAGGACCUGUAACCUAUUGAAAUCCUGUCAAAACUCUAAAAGAACUUUCGGCGAGCCAAACUCUAUAUAUUAUAUUACUAUAUAUAUUAUAUAUAUUUUCCAUGCGAGAUAGCCACAGUCACGUUUCCUUUCCGCUUCUGCCACCAACAAGAAUACCCCCUGAGACGGUCUUUGCUCGCUCGAAAUUCGCCACUCGCUUCAGCACUUAGCCUCUAAACUAGGUCUCAACUCCAGGAUCUAACUAGCCAAACCAACACAAGCCACAACUCUAAGCCUUCGAACCUAUAAUUUCUAAGCCAAUCUGGAAACUCAAAAGCCCCUUCACAACAAAAACAUGCCACGCUGCCUGAUUGCUAAAAAGUGGAAGGCUUAUCCCUGGCUGGAUCGGCCGGAGGAUAAUGCCCAGCAACAACAACAGCAGCAACAACAACAACAACAGCAACAGACACCCACAGCCACUUCCAGGGAUCUUGAGGAGAUGCCACAUCUGAAGUCCAGACGCUCCACCCUGGACGAGGAUGAAGAGAUCGAUGUGGUGGGUGACAAAUAUUUGACCAAACUGGAAAAGCAACGCACAACAAUUGCAGCCAUUGCGGCAGCAGCAACAGCCACAGCAUCCGUGGAGGCGGCAGCAGCAGCAGCAGCAGCAGCAGCCAACCAGCACAGUGGAACCAGCGGCAUCGAGAGUACGACGGCAACAUCCACAACGACGGCCAAGUGCUGGGGUCCCAGUUCGCCAACGGCGGGUACAACGGCCCCCAGUCCGCCGCCUCAUUCCCCGGAGGCGGCGACGCGAGUGGCCGGAAAUGUUUACAACGGAUACACCCGCGAACUAUCGCCGCUGCAUUAUACCGCGUACCUGCCCCGCAUGGAGAGCGAAAUUACCGUUAUCCGUGCCGCAGCCACAGCCCUGGUGGCAGCAGCCUCAGCCAACUCGGCGACGGCAGGCGGGGAUCAGCACCUGGCCGCCUACCAGACACCGCCCUCGUCCACCACCUCCUCGCCCUCGUGCUCGCCCAGCGGCAACGGGGACCGCUACAGUCCGAUAUCCUCCGGACAGACGACCAGCGAACGGAAGUGCUUUUCGAGUACGGGAGCCACGUUGUCGCUGCCGCCGAAGAAGAAGGACAUUUACAGGCCGUACUCCCUCGACGAUAAGCCGGCGCACGGAUACCGGCGAAGGAUACCAGCGGAGGAGGACCUGCAUGCGGCGCACGCCAUACUGGAUUUGAGUGCCUCCACGGCCUUCCACCCGCCCACGCAGCCACAUCAGUUGCAGCAACAGCAACAGCAUCAGCACCUGCCGUUGCAACAGCAACAGCAGCAACAUGCCACACCGCACCACACCCACUUCGCGGCAUUGGAGGCGCAUGCGCAUCUGCGCAACACCUCAUCGAUUGCCGAACUGGCUGCAGCAGCCAGUGCGGUAAACGAGCAACAUCAGCAGCACCAGCAACAGCAGCAGCAGCAACACCAACAGCUGCAACAACAGCGACCGGCCAGCAAUCUCUCCAGCGCGAGCAGCAGCCAUGCCAGCCUCUCCAGCUCUAGCUCCAGUUCCAGCAAUGUCCAAAACGAGAACAGCAACACCACAAACACCAAUCAGCAGGAGGUCCUCUCGCUGUCGCCCGAGUCCCCCAGCGAUGGAGAGAGUGCCACAGGUUCGGUGGGUUCUGGAACGGCGGCCAAGACGGUGGCCUACACCUACGAGGCCUUUUUUGUGAGCGACGGACGUUCCAAAAGAAAACAUACCGCAGAUCCGGCGGCGUCUGCCACCGGUCUCCCGGCGCAGGAGCAGCAGAAGACCAAGUACACGUGCUCCGAGUGUGGUAAGCAGUACGCUACCUCCUCGAACCUGUCGCGCCACAAGCAGACGCAUCGCUCCCUGGACUCGCAGUCGGCCAAGAAGUGCCACACCUGCGGCAAGGCCUACGUCUCCAUGCCGGCACUGGCGAUGCACGUGCUCACCCACAAGCUGUCGCACAGCUGCGGCGUGUGUGGCAAGCUCUUCUCCCGACCCUGGCUGCUGCAAGGACACCUGCGAUCGCACACCGGCGAGAAGCCGUACGGAUGUGCGCACUGCGGCAAGGCCUUCGCCGACCGGUCCAAUCUUCGGGCCCAUAUGCAGACCCAUUCGGUGGACAAGAACUUCGAGUGCAAGCGAUGCCACAAGACGUUCGCUCUCAAGUCGUACCUCAACAAGCACCUGGAGUCGGCCUGCCUCAAGGACGAGGAGGAGCUGAUGAUGUCCAUGUCGCUGGCCAUGCACGACGGCAGCAAUAGCGAGAGCGGGGCCAGUAUGGCCUCCUCGCCGCCGCACGAAUUCCUCGAGCGGGUGAAAAUGGAGGCGGUGGGCGGUGGCGGUGGCGGUGGCGGCGCGAACUGUGGCGGUGGACCAGCGUAUGCCAUGUAAGGAGAAUAGAAUGCUGCAGCAAGCUGCUUAGCUGGUUAGUUAAUUUACCGUUAAUGUUAAAGUUACCGUUACCAUUUACAACUAGGUUAACCGAUAGACGUUUUUUAUAGAAAAGAGAAAACAUACAUCACAAUACGUCCAAGAGCAAGUGUAGUAGAGUAACACAGAGACUGUAGAAAUUCGCAUUAGGCAGCCAAGCAACCAAAAAAACAAAAAAAAACCAAAAAAAUAAUACUCCCAGGGGUGUUACAGAAAUCUUAAAAAUUGAAAUAUUUUUUAGAGAUUUCCCUAGCCUCCCUGCCAAGCAAGACUACCUUUUAGCUUAAGCGAGUUGAACAUUCCUAAUGACCCAAAACCAAAAAAGAUCUAAAAAGAAAACACAACAAAAAAAAAACAUUCCACACCCAAAAAUCACACACACACUGAAUACACACACAGAGAGCCUUGUGUAUGAGGCAGUAUGCCACAUGCAUUCCGAGAACCUGAAGAAAUCUAUGAAAUUCUAGCAGCUAUAUUCAAUCUAUCUAUCUAACUAACAAAACUAACAAAACAAAAAUCUGAUAGGAGUACUAUAUUCAAAGCAUAUAUAGAGUGUACUUAUAAUCCGUAGCUAACACACACUCUAAC